GUUUCGCGUGAAAGGAAGGGUUGCUGAUACCAAGAAGAAAUAGGUAGUAGUUCAGCUAGCAAAUCAAGCAAACAGUACAAGGGAAAAUAUACGACUAGCCGCAAGUCUGUUCUUUCGCUAAGGUAGCUUACAGAGAUAAUCAAAAAGAGCUCAAAGUAGUGGAACAGUAUAAUCAAAGGCCAGAAGUGAAGACAUGGGAAUCAGUGAAAGCAAGUUUGCAGUGGCAACACCACGACCGGAGCGUAGCGGGCAAAUCCGGAAUGAGCGCAUCUGCCGACUGGUUGACCCUCGGUCCCCCUCGGCAGGCAUUGACCGUACACCAAUACAGGUGGGAGAGUUUGCUACGCGGGGCGCUGUUCGGGUGGAGAGCGAAGGUCCUGUAUCCGCAAUCGACCCUCGUUCUCCUACACCUGGCGUUUCCCGCACCCCAAUGAAGGACGUGAUGAGAGCCACUGUAAGCUCCUUUGCCCGCCGCCUUGGUCUGGCCUUCCUUAACGAAGAAGGGGAUUCAAAUGACCCCUUGCCUCCUCUUACCUUCUCCAAACUUCAAAACCUCAACCUCGAUGAAGAUGGAGAGAUGGACUCGGCUGAGCCUCUUCUUCCCCCCAACCCCCCGCUCUUUGCUGCUGUUAGUCCAGAUGUCUGCACUCCAGGUGCAUCGGUCUGUGACAGCCCAUCCCUGUCCACGCAGGACAGUGGCUUCAGUGCUGAGGAGGAGGAAGAGCAGGGUCAGGUAGAUGUGGAAGCCAAGCAGUUUUUGGAUGUGGGGGACAUGACCGCAGAUGGUGAAUCCACUUUAAACAAAGAGCUGAGUCUGAGUCUUCUCACUUGCCACGAUGGGGUAGCGUCAUCCCAGAUGCUCUCCGAUGAUGGUUCUCGGCCCCCCUCUCCUCUCCCCGACAUCGACCCCCUCAAAGAUGUUGACUCUGAGGCUUGUCUGUCACCCACCCCUGACCCAGAUCAGCCUUUGACCUUGGAUGCUGCAACCACACCAUCGCUGGUCAGUAGUGAUAUUACUGAACCCCCAAGUAACAAAAGUGAGACACCUGUCCAACCUGAAACAAGCAUAGAGGAGUCACCCAAGCCAACCACCGACUAUCCCUCUCCCACUCAUAUCCAGUCCCAGUCUGGGUCAGAACCAAUCAGAGUAAAGCAUUUCACCUUUAACACUCAGAGCCCCAGCCAGGUAGUAUUCAAGCCCCAGUGGCUGGGGGUAGGGUUUGGGGUGACCGGGGUGAGAGCGAGGGGGGUACAGGGGAAGGCUAAGGGGGGUUCCUCCCCUCUCUCAGUCCGGGGUGGAGGGAAGAAUGCUGGGAAUGAAAACAGAGGACAGGUGGCCAGACAGAAGCAAAGAGAGAGGUGUGGUAAGGCACUGGUGAAUGAAGUCCGCUCCCCUCUGCAGAUCCUCAAGGAGACCAAUUCCCCCAGGGACCACGCAUCCCAGCUGAAGCUGAAGAUUGCUACUCCUGAAAGGCAAAGGCUGGAGCAGACAGACAGACGAGCCUUAUCACUCUGUCUUGACAAGGAGAACCAGAGAUAG